UGCUCUCCAUAUGCCCUAACUGGCAAAGCCUACCCUCAUGGUCAGACCUAUCAGCUAAAUCAGAAUUACUUCUUGUCAGAAAGUCUCACUUCAUUUUUUCAAUCUAAAUGAACGUGUUGCUAUUUUCUCAGAAGAUCCACGUCAUUUCAUUUCCUCUUCCGUUGACUCAAUAUUUAUUGAGCAUCUACUCUUCUAGUUGUUUGGGAAACAUCAGUGACCUACACAGACAGAAUUCCUGUCCUUGUAGAGGGACUUCUGAAUUCUCUUUCUGAGGUAGAUGGCUGAGAAGGCAUGGAGCCUAACCAAGAGCUUGAAGUCUCCAUGAGACAGAGUGUCACAGCCAGUAGUAUUUUCUCCUUUUUUUCCUGUUCUUUUUUAAAAGACUCUUUAUUGAAAUAUUACAUCCAUACCGAAAAGCAUACAGAUCAUUUGAUGAAUUUUCAUACACUGAACACACCCAUGUAACCAGCACUGGGAUGAAGAAACAUAAUAUUAUCAGUCCCAAAAUGUCCCCUCCUGCAGCCGUGUAUCAUGACUUCUGAUUGAACCUGCUUUUCUUAGUUUUUGAGGUACUCUCUCCUGCAGGAACUUUGCUUUUUGGAAUCGCCCCCUUGUUCAGCAUCCCUCUCAGGCAGUACUCCACAGUGGGGAAAAAAGCGAUUGUGAGAAAGGAGAUGCUAAAGGAGAACCAUCCGAUUCAAAGCACCUCCCAGAUGAAAACUAUAUGGAUGGAAGCUGAGAAUUUGGAAACUGAUUCUUUAAAGUAAUGGUUCUCAAAGUGUGGUCCCUGGACCAGCAGCAGCAGCAUCACCUGGGAACUCACUAGAAACGCAGAUUCUCGGAUCACCUCCCAGAUCUACUGAACCAGAAACUGGGGCUGGGACCCAGCGAACUGUUUUAACAAGCUCUCCAGGGGAUUCUGAUGCACGUUCAAGUCUGAGAACUCCUGGGUUAGGAUAAUGGUAAGAUUUAUGAUUGCACAGUGGUUCUUAAAGUUUGGACCCCAGACAAGCAGAAUCAGCAUCACCUGGGAACUUAGGCGCGCAGAUUAUCAGGCUCCACCCCAGACUCACUGAAUCAGAAACUCUUUUUACACGCCUUCCAGGUGAUGGCGAUGCACGCUGGAACUGGAGAACCAUUGCCUAAAACUGUAUUUCCCUGGCCACAGGAAAGCCUCAUGCACUCCCACGGGGACCUGUAUGCUUAUUUUUAAAGCCCGCUUCAGAGGCUAUCAGCACAAUUAUAGCCUAGGAUUCCUAGGCUGACUAAUACAGGAUUCCUAGUAGGAUUCCUACUAAUACAGUGCCUGGCUCAUCGUAGGUGCUCAGCAGGUGUUCGUUGAGUGAAUUAAUUUAAUACUCACAGCAAUCCUGUGAAAUAGGAAGUCAGUUAGGCAGAGUGGGAUUCGAACCUAUCACAGCUUGUCCUUCUCUGUUGGGACUUGAUGGGGCUUGUUUCCACCGUCCAAGGCGCCGCCUCCACUCCCAUUCUCACUCUGCCCGGGAGGUGGCGCUCUAGGGCGACCGUGAGGCCAGGCUGGGAGGCGGAACUUCCUGUCUCCGAGGGAGCACUUCCGUCCCGGCGCGGAAGACCGUUCAUCGCUGCUGUGGGGCUCUCGCUUCGGGGGCGCCGGAGCCGGGGUGCAGCUCUCGGGUUGCUUCGUGGCACGAGGGUCAGGCGAGCGUCGCGCGGAGGUCCAGUUACCAGACAGGCACGGCGAGGCCCGGGCCACGAUGGACUUCCCCGGCUCCCUCCGCCCCACAGUAUUCAUGACUGGCCCCCUUGGUCUGAGCGAUGUCCCUGACAUGUCCUUCAUGUGCAGCUGGAGAGACGCACUCACCCUGCCGGAGUCCCUGCCCCAGAACUCCGAGAAUGGGGUGCCGCACGUGGCCAAGGGCCUUCUCUGGGAGCCGGAGACCCCCGGGCCCCUUCCCUUGCUGCCUCCUGGUCCUGAUCCCUGGCACCCUGGUCUGACUGCCCAGGACCUGCUUUUCCGGGGAGGUCACCCGUUCCAGAAACAGCCCCGAGUUGUGCUGGAUGUUACUGAACAGCUCAGCCGGUUCCUGUGGGACCAUGGGGACAUAGCCUUUGCACCCCUGGGGAAGCUGAUGCUGGAGAAUUUCAAACUGGAGGGAGCACGGAGCCGCUCUAAGAAGACGACAGUGGUCAGUGUGAAGAGGCUGCUCCAGGACCUCGAUGGACACCAGCCCUGGGGGUGCCCCUGGGCUUACCUCAGCUACCGGCAGCGUCGGUUCUCCAUCCUCGGGGGCCCAAUUCUGGGCAAGUCGGUGGCAAACCUCCUGGGAGACCUGCUGCACGAGGAGCUGGUGAUGCGGUGGGAGCAGCUGCUCUUGGACGAUGCUUUCACUGGGGGCGCGCUGGCCUGGGUGCCUGGGAAGACACCCCGGGUUGGGCAGCUGGUCUACCCUGCGGGAAGCACCCUGGACAAGCUGUAUUUCCAAGAGGUCAGUCUGACCCCAGGUGGUAACCCCCAGGUCCUCAGGGACCCUGGCCACAUCCAGCUGCGAGGACCUGUCCGGCAGGUGGUGACCCGAACUGUGCAGGGAGAAUCUCUGUUGGCCGUCCGCUCUGACUACCACUGUGCCCUGUGGAAGGUCAGCAGGCAGGGGCGGCCGGCGCCUCUCCAGGUGCUGCAGGUCGAGAAGGGGGCCACAGGGAUCAGCCUCAGCCCUCACCUACCCGGGGAGCUGGCCGUCUGCAGCCGUUCGGGAGCCAUCUGUCUGUGGACCCCCCAGGAUGGGCUGCGGCGAGUCUACAAGGACCCUGACACCCUUGUGUUCCGGGACCCCUCUCCCUGGCGUUGGGCAGACUUCACCGCCCACCCUCGGGUGCUGACUGUGGGUGACCGCACUGGAGUGAAAAUUGUUGACACACAGGGCCCGCCGGGCUGUGGUCUGCUGCUUUUUCGUGGAGGGGCAGAGGCAUCCUGCCAGAAAGGGGAACGUGUGCUGCUGACCCAGUACCUGGGGGAGGGCAGCCCCGAGUCUCUGCAUUCCACGCUCCAUCUCAUCUGUACCCAGUUCUCGCUCUACCUGGUGGAUGAGCGCCUCCCCUUGGUGCCGAUGCUGAAGUGGAACCACGGCCUCCCCUCCGCUCCCCUUCUGGCCCGGCUGCUGCCUCCGCCCGGGCCCGGCUGCCCACGGCCGCUGCUCCUGGGGGGCCAGGACGGGCAGCUGCAGCUGCUGCACAUCACUGAGGAGGCCUCCACACCCCGGCUGGCAGGGCCCCCCCAGUCUCUCCCUUCCAGGAAUGACUCCCUCUCCGCAUUCCCCGUGCUGGAGCCCAAGAGUCAGUGGCGGCUGCAGGAGCGUCUGAAAGCGCCAACCAUAGGUCUGGCUGCCGCCAUCCCACCCUCCACCUCCACGCCAAUCCUGUCGCUCUUCCAACUCUCGGCAGCUGGAGAUGUCUUCCACCAGUGCCUCCGCCUCCAGGCAGACCCUGGGCCUGACUCUUGUGCCCCUACAGUCUCCUGGAGCCCCCAGGCCACUGCCUGCUGCAGCCAGUGGCUGAAGGCCUUGCUGGAGGUGCCCCCAGCUCCCCCUGUGUGGGCUGCACCCACCUUCUCCCACCGCCGUCUGCUGGGCUGUGUGGAGCAGAGGGAAGUUGAGGGGAAAGUGCCAGAGGGUCUCCGGGCUGCCAUGGCCGAAGGACGGCUCCUGCAGCAGAGGGACCUGGGCUCGCUCCCCACUGCAGAGCCGCCCCCCGCCCCAGAGCCUGGCCCCGACGAUGAGCUCAGCAAACGCUUGGAGGCGGCCUGGGAAGGCCAGGCGGCUGCCUGGUGGGAGAGGCGGCAGGGCCGGAGCUCAGGGCCCAGGCAGCAGCCCAAGCGGCACAAGCGCCGCACGCAGCUCUCCAGCACCUUCUCCUCGCUCAGUGGCCGCCUGGAGCUCUCGGACGUGACCAGCCCUCCUCCCAGCCCAGACCCUGAGGCCCGGCCUCGGCCCCCAGGGACCCCACCCUCCCAAGAGUUGGCCCAGGAGCACUGGGCCCGGGGCGUCCCCUCGGAGCGGCAGCAGACCCUUCGGGACUAUAUGGCCAAGCUCCCGCUCCGAGAAGACGCCCUAGAAGAUGCCUCUGCGCCCCCCUCCCAGACCUCCAGCAUCCGGGCCACCCGCUCCAGGCAGCGGACCCUCCAGGACAACACAGCCAAGCCACCACUCCAAAGGGACACCCCAGAAGGUGCCUCUGCGCCCCCCUCCCAGACCUCCAGCAUCUGGGCCACCCGCUCCAGGCAGCGGACCCUCCAGGACAACACAGCCAAGCCACCACUCCAAAGGGACACCCCAGAAGGUGCCUUUGUGCCCUCUUCCCAGACCUCCAGCAUCCAGGCCACUCCCUCCAGGCAGCAGACUCCCGUCCUCUCUGGCUCUCAGAGAAUCCGGAAGAAGCCCCGCAUGGGCUUCUGAGGGCCCAGGGAAGCUGCUGCCCCUCCUCCAGGGAGGCCUUGGUCCUGCACCAGCUGUGUCUUCGUGACUGAAGCUUAGGAAACAAAAAGAGAAGCAUCUCCAGGGUGCAGACCUUUCUCCUUUUGAAGGCCAUCGUGCCUGUGGGAGGCGUCCAAAGAUGACCUGGAGCCAAGUCAGAGGACUGGGGACAACCACACAGCAGUUCCUCUUGUCGUCUGCACCUUUGCCUGGAGGCGCUUCCACAGGCACAUUGGAAACGCCCUCGCGGUCCAGUCCUUGAGGUCAGUGUCAUUGGGAUUCCCUCCAGGAGACAGGGCUGUGCUUGACAGCAGGGGCUCCCUGCACACGAGCUGGGGUCUCCGUGUACCCUGCUGACGUCGGGGUGACAGUGCUAGCUCCUCGCCGUGGCCGGGGACGUGAAAUGAGACACGGGGGAGCUGCGGGGGCGGCGCUCGGUGGGAGUUGGCAGCCGCUGGCGGCUGGUUUGUGUGUGUUGGGCAGUGUCUGCUGUGGUCUAAGGUUUCGUAGAGGGAGACGCUGUGGAUUGCACUCAGGGACCGAAUAAACUUGUCAGCUGAG